AUGCACAGCAAACUGCUCCAGACCAUCAAGAGGCGACAGGUUUCGGAUCUGGUCAGGAAUGGUCUCCCUGUAGGAGAGAUGGAAGCCAAAAAUCCCCUGAAAGCGCAGAGCAUCAGCCUCGGAGGCAUCUCGAAGAGGCAGCCCGGGACGGGGGGGAGGGCAGCGGCGGACAUCAGGAACCCGCCGGCCCAGCACAGGGACGGGGAGGCGGAAAGCACCAACAAGAUCCAGAAGGCGGUGAGCUUCAAGACCGAGGGGAACCAGUGUUACAGGGAAAAGAAAUUCCGGGAGGCGAUCGGGAAGUAUCACCGGGCUCUGCUGCAACUGAAAGGAAUCAAGAUCAGCGAGGCUGCGGCUGCAGACAUGAAUGCAUUGAGCAAAACGCACAUCAGACUCACCGAGGAGCAGAAACGACUGAUCGAAAGCACCGAGAUCGAUUGUUACGAUAGUUUAGCAGCGUGUCUUCUCCAGUCUGAGCUGGUGAACUAUGAGCGUGUGAAGGAAUACUGCUUAAAAAUCCUCGGGAAGCACAAGGACAAUUUCAAAGCUAUGUACAGAGCAGGAAUUGCCUUCUAUCACCUCGGAGACUGCGAGAGCGCCCUGCAGUACCUGAAAGAAGCGAAAGAUCGGGAGCCCACAGACACCAAUGUCUUCAGAUACAUCCAACUGACGGAGAUCAAGAUGAAUCGAUCCAAUCAGAGGGAGCAAGAAGGCUCCAAGGAGAUGAUUGGUUAA